AUGAGUCCCAGCUCGUUGACGACCAGCCCUGAGACCACACCCACGCCGACUCCGAGCCUGAGUCCAAGUCCGGUGACUAGCCCAGAGACACCGGGCACCACGCCGGCGACGACUCCAAGCACGACCAUAAUCACAACCACGAGCGUUGAGCCGGUAACGACAACGACAGAAUUUCUCCCCCCUCCUGCGCAGGAGACUGAGACUACCACGAGCGCGGAUAUAAGCCACUACAGCGCUUCUUCACACCAUCACCGCACCAACACAGCAACAUCCUUCUGGCCCGGCGUGAGCACUGAUCAGCCCGGAGCGCCUGCCCCAACAAGCGCGCCGCAGCCGCAGAACCCAUUUAACGACGGUGGUAGACCGCUGGAUCACCACCACAACUUUACGGAGUUGGCUGGCGGGGUGGGUGAAGGGCGUAGCCCUUGA